UUGAUCUUCUGAUCAGCAAAUGUGAAAGAUGAAAAGUCUAGACGCUGGUGUACAGCAGCAGCAGUAGAAAAACGCCAGCGAAUGGAACAGAAAGGAAGCAUGUCAUCGCAUCGCAUGCUGCCAUGGAUGGAUGGAUGAGCAUGGCUUUCCUUCUCAUUAUUACCACUGGAUCUAAUCCAAUAUCCAUCUGAUUGCUGCUUGCUGCUCCAAGCUUUGUUUAUAGCUCCGGCCGAGCCAAUAAAAAUCCCAGAUUGAUCGAUGGAGCACCACCACCACCACCACCAGGGGAUGCGGAUGGGGAUGGGGGACGCGGUGGCCGUCGGGGAGGCCUACAUGGGCGGGGCAGGAGGCGAAGUGGUGGCAAGGGAGGCGGCGGCGCAGGCGCUGGGGGCGGUGGUGCAGCUGCACUUCGACAAGACGCUGGAGAAGAAGCGGGCGGCGGACGCGCAGAAGCAGGAGCUGUGGCGGCUCUUCCUCGCCUUCUUCCUCUUCCUCGCCCUCGUCCUCUCCGCCGUCGCGCAGUCCCCUCCCGCGCGCCUCCAGUGCCGCCACCUCUGGGCGCCCGCCGGCCUCCUCUCCCUCGCCCACCUCGCCUUCUACGCCGCCGUCGCCCACCACCUCCGGUGCCUCAACGGGUUCAGGUACCAGCGGCGGUGCCACAAGCUGACGCUGGCGCUGGCGGCGGACAGGCUGCGGAUGCUCAAGUCCGGCGGCGACGUGGUGGCGGCCGCCGACGUGGAGGUGCCGUACCAGGAGCCGCCCGAGAGCUACCUGGCCAAGUUCAAGCGCAGCUGGGCCAUCCACUUCGCCUUCCUCAUCACCACCUUCGCCUUCUCCGUCGCCGCCGCCGUCGCCAUCCUCUGCUUCUAGCCUACCUAACUCUUCUCUUGUCUCCACAGCGAGUGUUUCAUCGUUCGAUCACUAUCCCUCCUUCUUCUUCUUCUUCUUCUUGGCAUUUACUAGUAGCAGAUCUCAACUACUCCAGGAGAUUGAUUGGUUGAUUUAUUAUCAGAGUUGUUCAUCCGUAAUCCCCGUUCUUUCUUGUCUUAUUCAUUGUGAUUUAUUAGUAGAAUGUUCUGUGUUAAUUGCCACUCACAUUCAUUCAGACAUAGCACCAGCAGGCAGGCAGGCAGCCACUGUGGCAAAAGCAAGUACUACUCUUGAUGAACUACAGUAGUCUAUCUCACUCUUUUGAUGAGGAUUGGUUUGUGAGUAAAAGCUGCCAUGGAGGUGAUGGUGGUUGUUGAUAUCAUUCAUUAUCAUGAUUGAUGUUCAUGUAACCAUCGCUUUUUAGUACUAUUCUACUGUAGGAGUAGCACAGCAGUAGUACUAUGUACACAUUUCAUUUCUCGGGCAUCGGUUGGCAUAAUCAUGAGCAUAACACCCGGCCUUUGUCAAGGCUGACAUGACGCCACAUCGUCUGGAGAAUUGUAUAUGUCAAUCAAAAUCAAAAUCAAAAUCGUCAUUAGAG